AUGGGGCCCAAGACACCCCCACAGCUCGCUGGGAAAUGGCAAGUGCUGUGCAUGUUGUCCUUGUGCUGCUGGGGCUGGGUGUCUGGGCAGCUUCGUUACUCAGUGGUGGAGGAGUCUGAGCCGGGGACGCUGGUGGGGAAUGUUGCUCAGGAUCUGGGCUUAAAGAUGACAGAUCUGUUGAGCCGGCGGCUGCAAUUGGGCUCUGAGGAGAAUGGGCGCUAUUUUUCCCUCAGCUUGAUGAGUGGUGCCCUGGCAGUGAAUCAAAAGAUUGACCGAGAAAGCCUAUGUGGAGCCAGCACCAGCUGCCUGCUGCCAGUGCAGGUGGUGACUGAACACCCCCUGGAGCUAAUCCGUGUAGAGGUAGAGAUCCUGGAUCUCAAUGACAACUCUCCUAGCUUUGCCACCCCUGAGCGAGAGAUGCGCAUCUCAGAAUCAGCGGCACCUGGGGCACGAUUCCCACUGGACAGUGCCCAGGAUCCGGAUGUGGGCACCAAUACCGUGAGCUUUUACACUCUAAGCCCCAACAGCCACUUCUCUCUGAAUGUGAAGACCCUAAAAGAUGGGAAGCCAUUCCCAGAGCUGGUGCUAGAGCAGCAGCUGGAUCGUGAAACCCAGGCAAGACAUCAGCUGGUGCUUACUGCUGUGGAUGGGGGGACCCCAGCCCACUCAGGGACCACCCUUAUCUCUGUCAUCGUGCUGGACAUCAAUGAUAAUGCUCCAACCUUCCAAUCCUCAGUUCUACGUGUGGGAAUCCCAGAGAAUGCACCCAUUGGUACUCUGCUGCUCCGCCUCAAUGCCACUGAUCCAGACGAGGGCACCAACGGCCAACUAGACUAUUCUUUUGGAGACCACACAUCUGAGGCAGUGCGGAACCUCUUUGGCCUAGACCCUAGCAGUGGGGCAAUCCAUGUGUUGGGUCCCAUAGACUUUGAGGAGUCACGUUUCUAUGAAAUUCAUGCAAAAGCCCGUGACCAGGGACAGCCUGCCAUGGAGGGCCACUGUGUGAUUCAAGUGGAUGUGGGUGAUGUCAAUGACAAUGCCCCAGAGGUGCUAUUGGCCUCUUUGGCCAACCCUGUCCUAGAGAGCACACCAGUGGGCACAGUAGUGGGGUUGUUUAAUGUGCGAGACCGAGACUCAGGUAGAAAUGGUGAAGUGAGCCUUGAUAUCUCUCCGGACCUGCCAUUUCAGAUUAAGCCUUCUGAGAAUCACUACUCGCUGCUAACCAGCCAGUCUUUGGACCGGGAGGCCACAUCCCACUAUACCAUCGAGCUGCUGGCCAGCGAUGCUGGUUCACCUCCCCUACACAAACAUCUCACCAUCAGGCUCAACAUUUCAGAUGUCAAUGACAAUGCACCCCGCUUCAACCAGCAGCUUUACACUGCUUACAUCCUAGAAAACCGGCCUCCAGGCUCCCUUCUCUGCACUGUGGCUGCCUCAGAUCCAGACAUUGGGGAUAAUGCCCGCCUCACCUACUCCAUUGUAGGAAAUCAGGUUCAGGGAGCCCCAGCCUCCUCCUUUGUGUAUGUCAACCCAGAGGAUGGACGGGUCUUUGCCCAGCGUACCUUUGACUAUGAAUUGCUGCAGAUGCUGCAGAUUGUGGUUGGGGUUCGAGACUCCGGCUCUCCCCCAUUGCAUGCCAACACAUCUCUGCAUGUGUUUGUCCUGGACGAGAAUGAUAAUGCCCCAGCUGUGCUGCACCCACGGCCAGGCUGGGAACACUCAGCCCCCCAGCGUCUCCCUCGCUCUGCUCCUCCUGGCUCCUUGGUCACCAAGGUGACAGCCGUGGAUGCUGAUGCAGGCCACAAUGCGUGGCUCUCCUACUCACUGUUGCCACAGUCCACAGCCCCAGGACUGUUCCUCGUGUCUACACACACUGGUGAGGUGCGCACAGCCCGGGCCUUACUGGAGGAUGACUCUGACACCCAGCAGGUGGUGGUCCUGGUGAGGGACAAUGGUGACCCUUCACUCUCCUCCACAGCCACAGUGCUGCUGGUUCUGGAGGAUGAGGACCCUGAGGAAAUGCCCAAAUCCAGUGACUUCCUCAUACACCCUCCUGAGCGUUCAGACCUUACCCUUUACCUCAUUGUGGCUCUAGCGACCGUCAGUCUCUUAUCCCUAGUCACCUUCACCUUUCUGUCAGCUAAGUGCCUUCAGGGAAACGCAGACGGGGACGGGGGUGGAGGGCAGUGCUGCAGGCGCCAGGACUCACCCUCCCGGGACUUCUAUAAGCAGUCCAGCCCCAACCUGCAGGUGAGCUCGGACGGCACGCUCAAGUACAUGGAGGUGACGCUGCGGCCCACAGACUCGCAGAGCCACUGCUACAGGACGUGCUUUUCACCGGCCUCGGACGGCAGUGACUUCACUUUUCUAAGACCCCUCAGCGUUCAGCAGCCCACAGCUCUGGCGCUGGAGCCUGACGCCAUCCGGUCCCGCUCUAAUACGCUGCGGGAGCGGAGCCAGGUGAGGGGCUCGGCGCCGCCCCGGGCGACCCCUGGGGGCGGCACUGGAGAAGCCGCCCGUCCUCAUAAGGGACUGAACUUGCAUCCACUCCUCUCCGGCCGCCUCGGCCGCUGGCUGCGCUCCACCCGAUUCUCGGGAUCAUUGGACCGUUUGCGCGGAACCAGAGUGGCCGAUUAAGGGAUGGGGCUCCGAGCACCGGGGGGUGGUGGCGACUGCGGGCGAGGGGAGGUGGGACUGACCCCCACCCCUACACUCAAAAAAGGCUGGGGCCCCCUUCGAGCUUCCGGUGAAUUUCGGGCGAUUUCCGCGGGUGUCGGGGAUCCCGGGAGGAGGCAGUCACAGAUCCACCCCUGCAGCCAGCCUCCUAGGCGCCGGCUCCGGCACGCUUCGCGGGUCUGUAGGUUUCCUCUUCGAUUUCUCCCCAGCUCCCAGCAUCUGUGACUUCACUGUUACCCUCCCUAUCCCCGCAUCACCCAACCGCACCUGUCUGCAGGACUUAGGUGUGCGCGCGGGGCUCAUGCGUGUCCUCCCUGCAGGCCACCCCCACAGCCCACACAAGGUGCACGGGCUCGCCACGCCCCGCCAACACGUGCGCGGACGCACGCACGCACUCCUCGCACGUGGGCUUACGCGAAUACCAGCUUUCACUGCCACUCGCUCGCGGCCAGAUUCACAGGCCUGUCCCGGCCCACUCGCAGCUCCCCUCUGCCGCUCCCUCCGCCGGGCUCAGGGGUACUCGUAGCUGAUUGUGCGCGCCUGAGUGAGGGUCCCAGAUCGCGGCCGCCCAGGACCAGGCAAGGACUCCAGAGCCUCCUCUCACCUCUCCCACCUGCGCCCCGGGCUGGGCUGGGUCGCCUGGGGGGCGGCCUGAGCGAGGCGCGGGGCCAGGAGCGCUGGAGCGACUCCCGCUCUAAGUGUCGGGCGGGUGGGACUCUACGACCCUUGGGCCAGAGGUCCGGAUGGUCCCGGGACUCCGUCUCAGGGGUGGCGACCCCUCAACCCAGAAGCCUCGAGCAGGCGGACAGGCAGAGCUGCCCAGUGGCCUGAGGCGCGGCAGGGCUCGGCGUUGGGCGAGUGAGUGAGCCUCUAUAGGACAGCAGGCCUGGGACUCCAGUGGCACCAGCGGCCCCUUCCUCCCGCAGGAAGUGAAAGCCUGGAGCGCCCUGGCUCUCAACCCCCAGAGAUACAGGCUUUUGGCGCCGUCGUGAUCACAAUGUGCCCAGCGAUCUAGGGUCAGAGAUUUGGAGGUGACCAAACUAUCUGAGACUCUAACAAGUCCUGUCUCCUCUGGCGGAUGGAAAGCUAUAGGCUCUGCCAGAUGCCAGGGUGCCCUUAUGUGUGAGGAAACUACAAUAGUAAAAAACACAAGUUUCCCCAACUCCAGGAGCUUUUAUUCAAAAUAUAUCUAUGCCUAACUCUGCUCCUAGGACUGUAUUUUGAAACAUCCCCAGGUGAUUUUGAUAGCUGAUUGAGAGAAACUUACUAUAUAACUCCUUUGAGAACCUCAUCUCAUUUGCUCUUCCCACCAUUGCUGUUGGCUAGGUACUAACAUACCUCUCUUAUAACAGCUUCACAGAGGUCAAGUGACUUGCAAGUGACAGAGCAAGUAAGAGAGAUUCUAACCCCUGUCUAACUCCAGAAAGUGUGCUUUUAAUUUCUUGGCACUUGGAACUUUAAAAGUUUGAGGACAGGAGAGGGGAGUUGCCUCUGCUGGGAUUUUGCUUCUGCUGGGAUGGGGCAAGGGUGGGGUUCCUUCCCUUUUAGGACCUUACAUGUGGGGAAAGUCUUCUGCGGCUCCUCAUUUCUGAGCAGUCCCCGCAGCGCAAACUUGGCUCAAACUCACCUUAUGUAGGUUGAGUUCCCCCAGCUCCCUUUCCUCCUAUCACAAUCACUGCAUUUCCAUGUAGAUUCUGCUGUGUCUAAGAAAACAGUGGCUGAGGGCUUGCCAUCCCUGUGCCCUUCUCCGUGGCAGCUCCAGAAUGGUGCUAGUGACUCCCGAUACACCUGGAAUGCUAGGUUUCUGGGUUCUGCUCAUAUCACUGCCACCUGUGAGCCUUGAGUGAGCACUGGCAGUUCUGGAGCUUCCUUCUCCCUGGAGUAAUCUGAGAUACUCACACUCUCUGCUUCUGGGAGCAAGUAUGAUUAUUAAUUACCAGCCCACCCCAGAACCAGUGAGGAGGUGGCUCUAGGAGUGCUCCAUGAGAGUGUGUGAUGGGAUAACACAUCCCCUGGAAAGACCAGAAGGGACUCAGGAAUGAAGUGGCUGGCCAGAGCCCCACACCUUCAGCUAGGUGGGAGAUGGCUACAAAUCAGCCCCUUGGGAGCCCUGGAGACUUAGUUGGCCCUGCUUGGAGGCUGUGGGAGCUGGAUCCCUCCCCCCUGCAUCCCUUCCAUUUUUCUCCGUCUCAGACAGAGCAGCCUUGUUCUCUUCUCCUUAGUCACAGACCAUUGUCUGGCACGGAGUUCUAGGGGUGAGAAGUGUCCCGGGACUUGGAUGCCCUGCAAAGGCCCAAUCUGGCAUGACUCCUAAAUUAAUAAUGUAUUUAGCUGUGGGAAGAGAUUCUUGUGAGCCAAGGGCCCAGAGAAGGUGUCCCUGUGAAUGUGUCACUGCACAACCUGGCACCAAAAGGGUUACCAGGAGCAGCAGCCAUCUUGCUGCAGAGGAUGCUUUGUUCCCAGCUGAGGAGUUGAAUAAAUUCAUUCUAGGGCUGGUAGAAUUCUCACUGAAAAGCCUCCUCUGCCACUUUAGGGGGCUUUCUCUGCACCUCUUCCCCCAGUUCCACAGAAGAUGCCUUCAGUCCUUGAAUUUUGGCUCAGGAGUUCUGACUCUGGGGGCAGGGAGGAAGGGGCCAUUUCUUUAGGAAAGGAGUCUCAGCUUGCUCACUGUGGUCAGAUGAAAUGUGAUUUAUCUCUUGGUUUCUGGUACCUCAGACCUCUGAGACCUGAGGUGUAUUUUGUCUUUGGAGAUGAGUCCAACCCUGCCCCCUCUUAGCCUGUUUUCUUCUCUGUGCCCACUCCCCUCCUUCUCUCCCGGCCCAUCCCUAGGGGCUCGGGUGACAUUCUAACUUCUCAUGGGUACUCAGCCCCUUUCCCUCUGUUUUCU